AUGGCGACCAAUCCCACGCCUCCUCAAACUUACGGUUUGGGAGAACAUUUGUCCAAACGGUUCAGUUCAGGCGACUCUCAGCUAAAUGCAUCGUCUAACAGGCUGACAUUCAAUCCAUCCGACAAAACAAGAAACACCAUUGCCGCUCGGAAGUCUAAUGAAUUCUCAGACACAAGCAUCAAAAACUCUCCUAGCAAAAGGUCCAAGUGGUUCGGCGCCAAACCCAAGUCUUCCAGCACAGAAUCCAACUUGUUCGGCGCCAAACCCAACUCUUUCGCCAUGAAGCUCAACACUUUACACGUGCAGGGUCCAGCGAGUCUGUCACUACAAGGUACAGUGCGUUCUCGCCUGAGAAAUUCAACAAAUAGGUUACCUUCGCUCCAUCACCACGUGAAAAAUCCCCCCCGCCGUUCCGGCGUGGACAACAUCCUGCCAGGUCAGUGGAGGUUGACCGCCACUAUGAACUCCCUGCUGCCGAGGCCGGGGCCUGCAAAGCUGUACAGAGGGACACGCAGUGGAAGUCUGCAAGAUCAGGUACUGGGAUUGGCCGAGCUGCUUGAGGAGGACACCCUUCCUCCAACCACGAAACAAGGGCCAGCGACUACGAUGGACUGGUCUUCACUCUAUCCAAGAGCGAAGACCCCUCCACCUACCUCAACCCUCGGCCAAGGCACGGACUCUAUCGCUCAGCAGGUUACUGAUCAUGCUGAUCACCUGAAAUGGAUACUCAACCGAUAUAAGGUAAUGGAUAAGACCACCGCAGCCCUCAAGAUAUCCAACCAGGAGACUAUGGAGCAACUUGAUGCUGUACUAGAGUCCACUGAGGAGCUCUCGGCUCGUUCCAACGAGUUGAUCAAGGGUAACGAAUCACUGGCGUUGGAGAGCAAGUCUCUACGGGCGUCCAAUGCCAAGCUCAAGACAGAUCUGGAAAAGCAAGAGUCACUUCACAUCAAAGUGAAGGCAGACUUUAACAAGCUGCUCGACACCACAAUCCAGAGAAUAAAGGCGCAAUACGACUCUCAACUGGAGGAGGUCAAGGUGCAGCCCAAUGCCCAACUGGAAGAGGUCAAGAUACAGCAUGAUGCCCAGCAGAGCCGCAGCGAUGAAAUAUCGGUCAUCAGAGACCAGAAUCGUGCGCUGACCACGCUUCUGGGCCAGCUUGUUAUGCAUCUCGAGGUGCAAGAUGCCGAUUCGUGGCAGCACACUCUUCAGAACUAUGGGUGUAGGGGGAUGAGUGGAUGA